AUAAAAAGGGCAAGUUGUUGGGCAUUCUUCGUUCUUCCUAUUCCAUGCCCUGAAAAUAUGGUAGCCAAAAGAGAGGUUAACGGCGGGGGAGAGGGAACCGCGCUAAUAUUCACCUACGGAACCCUGAAGCGAGGGUUCUCAAACCACCCCCUUCUCCAAGACCUCAUUCGCUCCGGCGACGCCUCUUUCGUCGGAACCUACCGCACCGCCGUCAAAUACCCCCUUGUCUGUGGGCCCUACAAAGUCCCCUUCCUCCUCAACAUUCCCGGAUCGGGUCGAUGGGUCCACGGGGAGAUUUACUCGGUCUCCACGCGCGGUCUCGAACGCAUGGACGACCUCGAGGGAACCUCACGCGCCCACUACGAGCGUCUCCCAAUCAAGGUGAUUCCUGCGGCCGAGGGAGAGGAAGAGGAGGAGGAGGAGGCGGGGUUUGAUGCGGCGGCGGGGCUAACGUGCGCCCAGGCGUAUUAUGCGCACGGGAACUACGCGAUGGAGCUGUGGAAGAAAAACGGGAAGCGUGGGUUGAGGUGUUAUUCGCAGAAAGAAACGAUUGGUUAUGUGAAGCGUAAGGAUAGGCCUCAGCAUUUGACCUUCCUCGAUCACAUUCGCUUCUUCCUUUCUUCUAAUUAAUAGUUAUUAGUCUCUCUUUCUAUUCGAUCAAAAAAUAAGUACAGUAAUUAGAAAGGCUUUUUUGUUUUGUUUUCUCACCUUCUGUUAUUAUUAUGUGCCUUUCUGGUCGGUUAAUUUAGAUUAUUAUGUUCCUUGCUUUUAUCAAUUAUUAUGCAAAUAUCUCCAAUCCAAUCCUGCCCUUUUUAUUUUU